UUCAUACCUUCUCAAACGAUCCCUUCCCUAGCUAGCGAAAAGAAGAUCGAAGAAAGAAAAGCUUUUGUACAAAUGGCUAUAAAAGCUCAUUAUGAAGCAGACCUCACCGUGCCUGCAACAGAGGUACCCAACGGGUAUAGAUUUUCUCCAAGACGACUCAAUAUCGUAUGGGGCAAAGACUCCCGCUACUGGCACAUACCAAAACACCGUCGGCCACCGCUCUCCGUCACCGAUCUAAAAUCUCUUCAGCCUUCCAAGAAGCCUCAAAUGUAGUUCUUCAUGCUCUCACCAAAGUUAUGAAGGUUGCAUUGUACGAGCAGAAUGAGAAACCUUCUUCUGCCCUUGAGGAGGAUCUUGCAGAAUUGAUACAGGUUUCUUGGCUGGAGAUAACCGGUUCAUAUGAGUUGGAGCUUAAAAAGACGUAUGAAGUUGGAUUCAAGGUAUCCUAUACACCAGAGGCGUUUGGUUGGAAUGGGUGUCCUGUUUACGUGAUGGCCAAGUUUGGGAAAAAGGGUAAGUACAUUUGGAAAAGAGCAAAAUUAACGGAUAAAGCGGAAAAAAUGCCUUUUGAAAUUUCUGAACAGGCACUGAGGAUCACAUCUGAUACUGAAAAUACGCUCUACUUCGGUUUGUAUGAAGUGUGGAGUGGGAAAUGGAAGGGAGGUCUGAAAAUUCACGAGGCAUUCAUCAAAAAAGUAGACACAUAAUACAAAUGGAUGUGAUCUAUCAUGUAUUUAUGCUAUAUGUGUUGAUUAAAUAAAGUGGUUUGGCUUUUAUGUUACCCGAAAUAAAACACAAUUCCCACUGUUGGAAUUAUU